AUGUCAUCUAGAGAGUUUCACCGGAGGGCAAGGAGUGGAGCACUCGCCAGCGAACCACUGGAGGCCACUGCCCUACAUUGCCAUCUCGUCGGCAGAGGCAUCAAGGACUGGCCACUGGUUGUUGUUGACGAGCUGGCCAAUGGAAAUUACCUUAUCUGGACCCUAUGUGCCCGCCUUGCAGAGUCCGGUCUCGACCCAGAGUGGACACAGAAGUUUAACAGCCAGCACCGCUCCCAGUGGGUUCAGACCCAGGGGAUCGUGAAACAGACCGAGCCCGCUAACCGUGCCAAGCUAGAUAUCCCACUCCCGCCCAUGCUGGAGGCUGUGUUCAACUACAUCGGUAGGUCCAUGACCCCCAGCUCCCUGAUCAUCAGGUCCACACCUCCUGGCCGUCGCCCCGGCGCCGAGUUUAUGCAGCUCUUACUACAUGCGUCUAACCCACACCGUUCCUCGGCUGAGAUCUUCCUUGUGAAACUCAAUGAAACGGAUGAGGACGGUCCGUCCCCUCCUGGUGCAUUCUCCCGUCGGGCACACCGGCGUAGGGAGGAUGAGGACGGUCCGCCCUCUCCUGGUGCAUUCUCUCGUCGGGCACACCGGCGUAGGGAUUAG